CUUUUACGCAGCGUCAAGGGCGCCUGCAACCGAUCCGCCUGCCGCGUCCUGCACUCACUUCUUUAUGCAGUGACAAACAAGAAAACCUCUUGGAUUUUACCAAAUGGAUUGCUUUUAAAGUUUUGCUUUUGCAGAGUUUUCAAAAGUGUUACUCACUCAGAGGAUUUUACUCUCCAGGGUUUUGUCACGCUGUCGGUGCCAUGUUUGUGACAGACUGGAGUGACUAAACUCGUUAACUCCGUAUGAAAUUCCUGAAGAGUGCGGCUGGAUUAAAAUUGGAUGGACAAAAUGAGAAAAAUCUGGACCAGAGGAUUUUAAGUGAAAACCUCAAAUUAGCUUCUCCUCCUGUGAGGGAGAAUGUGUCGGUGUGUGUGUGUGCCAGCGGCGUGGCUGGCACUCCUGACGCUCACACUCGUGGUAUCCAGGAGCCAGUCCUGUCCGAGGAGCUGUAACUGUUACCAGGCCAAUGAAGUCCACUGCACCUUCCGUUCACUGCUCAACGUGCCUCCCGGCCUUCCUGCACACACGCGCCGCAUGAACUUAGGGUUCAACAGCAUCAGCAGGCUCCAUGACAGGUCUCUGGCUGGGCUAAAGAAGGUAGAGCUUCUCAUGCUGCACAGCAAUGACCUCCAUCAUCUUCCAGACGGAGUUUUCCGAGAUAUGAAAUCACUUCAGAUACUAAAGCUAAGCUACAACAAGUUGAGGGAGAUCUCUUCAUCCCUGACCUUCUCUGGCCUGACUUCACUGCUGCGCCUGUACUUGGAUCACAACCUCCUCCAGCACAUCCAUCCCCGGGCGCUGCUCCAGCUGCCUAGCCUCAGGCUGCUUCGUCUGCAGGGGAACAAGCUGCAUCAGCUGCAUCCUCAUGCCCUAUGCACGCUGUCCCUCUUGAAUACAUAUUACUUUUCCACACUCAGAAACCUCGACCUCUCCAACAACAGUUUGACCAUCCUGCCCAAAGACAGUGUAGCUACAGCACCUCUGCUGGAGAGUCUCGCGCUGCAGGGAAAUCCCUGGAGCUGUGACUGCAGGAUGGACUGGUUCUUCACCUGGAGUCUCACUCACCAAGGUGCAGUGAAAUGUCUCACCGGUCCUCAGUGUCCAGUUUGUGCCGCACCCACUGCCCUUCAGGGGGAGGGCUUGCUCGACCAGACAGCACUAUCAUGCAGUCCACCCUUCAUCCACUCCUCCGGAAAAAAAGAGACACCACAGGAGACUGACCUCACUGAAAUCCCAACGGUUGAUGCUUUCAGACAGCCUUUAGGUAGAGUCUCUCUGGGGCUGUCUGACCAGCAAGGGAACAGCGUGGAUCUGGUCUGCAACAUCACUCACUCCACGGACUCCCAGCAUGUCACUCCUCCUCCAGAUCUCUCUUUGACCUCUUCUUCUCCUCUCCCCCUUGUCCUGUCGCUCUCCCUGGAGUGCCCAAUCGAGGGGCAGAGCUAUGAGAAACUUUGGAGAAUCUUGGCUUACUACAGUGAGACUGCAGCCCACCUUGAGAGGGAGAUCAUGCUUAGUAAAGCCCCGGCUUUAGCCUACCGCUACAGGCAGUCAGCAGAAAUGGAUGGCUAUUAUCACACUGCAGUUAAAGCUUCUGUUAGAGCCAGGCCACACUGGCUACUACAGCCUGCAAUUAGCAUUCGACUAAACAGAGCGCAGUCUAACAAACAUAAAGUUCAACUUAUUUUCUUGACAAGAGUCUCUGCUCAUCCUGACCCUACUUCUCAGCUCUCAACCUCUUCCCCUUCCCCUCACCCAUGGGUGCUGAUUGCAACUAAUCGUUCUACCACAGCACUAGCAGCUGUUGCUGGGAGUAAGGUAGAGUUAUCUUGCCCUCUUCUCAGUUCUGACAACUCCAAAGUGCAAUGGUUUCUCCCAGAUGGAUCCAAACUAAUCUCCCCCUCCAGGAGUAUAGAUGGAAGGCUUCAGGCAUCAUCUUUGGGGUUAACUCUAAAAAAGGUGCAGCUCUCAGAUGCUGGGAUUUACUACUGCCUUGCCUCGGCUGGAAGGGAUACAGAUGUUCUCCCCGUACGUCUGGCCGUGGAGGAAUCCUCUGUUCCCCAUUCAGAAGAGCUAAUUGGACCUCCUGUUAGUGGAACAGUAGGUGAAGCUGUCAGCCUUUCAUGCAAGAUAUCCGGUUCACCACAGCCUUGUAUGAGUUGGAUUUUGCCAGAUGGAACUAUAGUAAGGCAGGGUGUAGCUGUGUCAGGGGGACUUAAAAUACACUCAAAUGGGAGUCUCUCUCUACCUCGCCCUUCUUUGAGGGAUACUGGUCAUUACCGUUGUAUUGGGGUCAAUGAGUAUGGAAGUGACUCUUUGUCCAUGCAUCUGAAAUUAAAUAUUCAACAUAUUCCUCCGCAUAAGAAUUCAUUUCCCAGACGACCGCAGUCAGCUGCUGGCCGAUCAACCAAGAUAAGAGCACCUUUAUUUCAUCAGCUGGAUGAAGGGUCAGGGGAUGAAGAAGAGCAAGAAGAACAGAGAACUCCCAUUGGCAACAGGAGAAACUCAAUAUCUCGCCAACCACAUUCGGACAGAUUGCAUCCAGUUGGAACAGCUCAACGCCAUGGCCCUGUGAGAGGGGGUCUCCCGAGAAGAGGUGGAGGCCCUUCCCCUGAACAGAGAAGAGUCCGCCUUCAGAACAGACACAGAGUUUCCACAAACAGACAAAGAAUAGACCCUCAGAAAUGGGCUGACCUCUUAGCUAAAAUCCGUCAAAAGACUGCUAAUAUCAGUAACAACCAACCCAUGCCUACAGGAAAUCCCACGGCUGGACCUACCCAAAGAACCCAAGAUAAGGAAACAAGAGUCCAUGAAGAAGGUGAUACAAACAGAGGUCGCGCUCAGGAAGCAGGGCUGGAAGUAGAAGCGGAGGGGUCAUCGGUUGAUGAUGUUGUUCUACAAGAGGAGCACACAGAACCCAUUCAGCCUGGCCAUGGAGAUACAGAAGCAAAGACAGAGAUAAAAAAAGAUGCAGAGACAGAAAAUAGCACAGAGACGCCCAUAGAAAACCAAACACACACGAAGACUGAGACAGAUAGGCAAAGCCAAACAGAGAACGUAGGUCCACAAACAGGAACUGCAGAACGCCCAGUGAAACAGAGAGAACAAGUCACAUCUAAUCCAAUGUCAGGAGCAAAUGAAAUUGCCUUAGAGCUAGGUAAAGGACAUGAGCAAGGAGCGAACCUCAAGCCAAAUAGAAGCAAGCCUCAGAGUCCUCAGCAGGGACUCUUCCCAAAUUUGAUUCCACAGUCUCGGCCUCAAAGCCCUUGGAACUCCCGCAGAAGGAUUGGACAACAAAGACGAAUCAACAGGCCCCGGCUGCGACCUGUGACCCCAACCCAGCCUUUCCCUUACCAUGUGAACACAAGAUCCCAAACUAUGAAACCUGAUUCUACCACAAAUCAAAUCAGUGUGCGGCUGAUAAUGCCAACAUCCACAACUCCAGUUUAUUUGUUGACAACAAAUGACAAUAUUCAGUCUGCUCCAAAUACCGUGACUCUCAGUACUAAUUCUUCCCAUGUUUCUGACACUCCUGUUAUGUCAUAUCCAAAUUCUGCCUCCCCCUCACUGAUUCCCUUCCCCACCUCCACAUACACAGAUUUGAUGACUUACUCAAGAUACCACAAGAUAGCACAAACUGAAGAGUCAACGUUUGACAAACUUAACAGACCGACACCCACUUUGUCUAAUAGCGUGACUUCAGAAACACAUGACCCAGACUCUUAUGACAGGACAUUUACACAUGACUUACAAACUCACACAGAAACACAAACAGCUUUAGCCAAUAACGCUGAAAGACCCACGAGCAAACACAGUGAAGAGCUCGAUAGGAAUGUCUCGGGUGAGUCUCACUUUUCAAUCCCUCACUCUUUCAGUGUUUCCUCAGUCCCCAGCACAACUGCAACCACCACAACUGCAGCAGAAAUACUAUCAGCCCCUUCAACUGCUCCUGAGAGGGCCAGUAAUGCUGGAAAAAACAAAAGUACAUCCACUUUUAUCACAAUACAGGACAGACUUUCGACAACAUAUACAAAGACUGCGAUAAGUCGCACCACGUCAACUUUAACUGGCAUUGUGAUCCCAACAUCCAGCUCUGCUAGGCAUACGUCAUCUGCUAUCACCUCUACCACCGGAACCACUGCUAGUACUACAUCUACUUUUCCACCUAUUACUUCUAUAACUAGUACAUCUACUACUACUUCUAUCCCUAUUACAUAUACUUCCAAUGCCACUACUGAACCAGGGACUUCUACAAGACGUUUUACAGGGUCAUUCAAUGAUAACCCCUCAAUUUCAAACCCCUUUUCCACUAGUUUACCCACAAAUACUAAAACCACAACUUUAACUGCUACUACUCCAGGCAAACAUUUUCCAACUACAUCUACAAAAUUUACAUAUAGUACUCUGCCCAGUACUACCACAACAAUGACACCAAUAAGUACCAAGGCAUCGACCGCAGGCACAUCAACCGUUGGCCAGGUUGACCACGGAGGGAGGCUUGUUUCUCGUGUUCCAAAUCAGAGUGGACCUCCUACUGACUGGAAGAACCCUGGAGCUAAUUCUAUUCCAGAUUCACACAGCAGUCGGUCUCCCCUGCCUCCUUCUUCUUCAUUGCCUGCUGCUCCGGGGGCUCCAUUUGUGAGAUCUAGACCAAGGAUUGCAGACCCUCACAUCAGGACAGUGUCAUCCCCAGCAGGGAGCACUGCCAGGCUGGCUUGUGAAGCACAAGGAAUGCCAAAACCCUCCAUCACAUGGACUAAGGUUGCCACAGGAGCAGUGAUGUCAAUCCACUCCAGGGUACAGCGUUUUGAGGUCUUGCCAAACGGGACCCUUGUUAUUCAGAAUGUUCAGCUUCAGGAUAGGGGCACGUACAUCUGCAGUGCAAACAGCUUCUUGGGUCGAGACAGGUUGCUAACUUCUCUAGAAGUCUGGACCCGCCCUCCUCGCAUGCAGCUGGCAACUUACAGAGAAGUAAUAAUUCAUCAGGGUGGAGAGGUUCAUUUGGAGUGCCAAGCCGAUGGGGUUCCCACUCCUCUGCUCAGUUGGGUUCUGCCUGAUCGAUCCACACUAACCUCGACUGGCAGCUCCUCUAGUCGAAUCAGUAUGGACUCAAAUGGAACGCUUCAUAUUCCAGCGGCUCUACCUACUGACCGAGGAGCGUAUCGCUGCAUUGCCUCCAACUCAGCUGGUACUGUCAGUGCCUCUGUGCGCGUACACGUGUCCUCGUUGCCUCCGGUGAUACACCAGCCCAGAGAGGAAAACCUGCUCUUGUCUCCAGGGAGGCCUCUUUACAUACACUGUUCAGCCCGAGGUGCCCCACCACCGAUUCUGCGCUGGCAAAUCCCUGAUGGGACCCUUGUCCGUCCAUCUCAGUUUGUCCAUGGCAAUCUCUUUGUUUUGCCUAAUGGAACGCUGCACAUUCGCAAGGUUGGGCCGAAGGACACAGGCAGUUAUGAGUGCGCAGCCAGUAAUGGUGUGGGGACUAAUGUGAGGACAGUGAGGGUAGUAGUUGAAGGGGGAACAGAAAUAGAAAGAAGACGGGGAGAGACAAUAAAUGAAGGACCAAAAGAAGUUUCCUCUGAGGUAAAACCUCCUCCAAAUAAAGACAGAACACUGGGCAUCCCUUUCAACCCCUCAAAUCCAUCCACUUCUGCUAACUUCUCCCCUCUAUAUCCACCCGAUAGAUCCAGGAGUGUCCAGGAACUAAACCCUCCUAACUCUUCCUCUAACUUUGCUCCUAAAAUCUAUGAAACAGACAUUGCCUCACCCACAGACUUUACCAACAUCAAAAGAACAAACUUCCCUUCUCUUUCCUCAUCCUCCAAUCUGUUGACAAACAACACCAAAGUCUCACCCAGUAUUAACAACACAGGAGAGACUUCAUCUUUACCUGUUGACAGAAAAGCCUCAGCUGUGUUGAAGCCUCUUCCCAUAUCCCCUUUCACUAAAGCUCGUAUUAUAUCAACAUCACCCUCCACUUCUACUGUCCACUAUGGAGGCACCCUGCAGCUUCAUUGCUCUGUAACUGGCAACCCCAUGCCAAUCAUUAUCUGGAGGAACCCUAACAGGAAGCUCGUGGAUAUGCACUACAGUUUUGAUCGACGUAUGAAGGUCCAUCCUAAUGGCACGCUGUCAGUCCAGGCGAUAACGGAGAAGGAUGCUGGAGACUACUUAUGUAUUGCACGCAACAAGGUUGCAGAUGAUUAUCGCCUUCUACGUGUGUCUGUGGCGACCAAACCUGCCAAGAUUGAGCCGAGGCAACCACUUAAUCACAUGGUGUCAUUUGGAAAACCACUCAAGGUGGACUGCCAGGCAUCUGGAUUACCUCACCCUGUUGUACAUUGGAGCCUGCCAGAUGGAACUAUGUUGAACAGCGUGUUACAUGAGGAAGAAAGAGUGGUACGAGCGCAACGACCAACUGUGUUUGACAAUGGGACCUUACUGGUUCCAGUGGCUGGUAUGGGAGAAGAAGGUGAAUAUACGUGUUACGCUAAGAAUCAAGGAGGACAAGACACCAUGAAGGUCAAAGUGAAGGUUAUGACGACAACCCCACCAAGAUUCACCCUUGACAGAAGCCACAGUGUCGUCAAACUACAUCAGGGAGCAACUGCCACGAUUCCCUGCCAAGCCAUUGGAGAUCCUGUCCCGACAGUGACAUGGUUUUCUCCAGCACUACGUGUCAUACCACAGAGUCGGAGAUCUGGUCUUUAUUCUGAGCGGGUUGUUGUGGCUUCAGGUGGAAGUUUGCAAAUACAUUCGGCCCAAAGGAUUGACACAGGAAACUAUACAUGCCGAGCAACCAACUCAGCUGGGGAGACAAGCAUGGUGGUGAGCUUGGAAGUGGAGACCUCUACCCAUGGACUUGGUGGGCAGUUGGGAGGAAGGCAGUGGAGUACUAAUGAGCAGAGCAGAGGUCAAGGCAUUACAUUAGGGGACAGGACUAAUAAUGCACGGAUUAUUGGGAGUGGCAUUCCAAAAAAAGUGGAUAAGAACAACAGCAGCAGUAACAGCUUUGCUGGUACUAAUGGUAGGACAACAAGCUCACAUCCUGCCCUGAGAAGCAAUAAUCAAAAUGGAUUCAACAGGCAAUUCAGUGAAAGUAGCCCUGCGAUUGAUACUGGAGUAAGCAGGCAACAGAGUAUAGGCUCUGGAGCAGAUAGUACUGGAAAUCAUAGAAAGGGACCUAGCUUGACGAGUAGUAGUAAUAGUUUGGGUAUCAGUCACUCCACAGACAGAGUAAACAGUGGUGCAAGUAAUUCUGGGACUAAUAAUAAUAAUGAAGUAAUUGCAGGAAGGACUGGUAAUGAUGCCAAUAGCAGCAGAGACAACAACAGGUUAAGCUUUAAUAGUAGGUUAUUCAGUAACGGAGCUAGUACAAGCACGUUCAGAGGAAAUAGCCUCAGCAAGAACAGUAAUUUAGGAGGGACCAGUGACAGCAGAAGGAAAAGUGAUGGUUCAAGUGGUAAUUUCGACACGGAUGUGGGUAUGGUAACAACAAUGAAGCAACAAGCUGUUAAAGGCCAGACAGUUCUUUUGCCAUGCCCAUCCCAAGGUUUCCCACCACACCGUCUGGCCUGGCUUCUGCCUGGGAAUGGCAUGCUGCCAGCCCCUUACUAUGGCAGCCGAUUCACUGUGCACCGAAACGGUUCCUUGGAGCUGCGUGCUGUGCGGGGGAGUGAUAGUGGAACUUUGGCUUGCGUAGUGAGAAGUGAAAGAGGAGAGACAUUAAUUCGAGUCCAGCUGGAGGUCUCAGAACCAGAGGAGGAGUCCAGAUCUCUGGGACAGGAAAGACUGCACACAGGAAGUUUACUGAGUCCAGCUCAGUCUUUCAGGUCAGAAUCACCUUUUCUGCAACUUCAGAGAGGCUUGAGUUCACCUGUCACACCUCGUCCAGUGAAGCCUCCACCACCUGCUGGUUCAGGCUCUGAGCGCAUAGUGAGCACGAGAACAGCCCCUCUCGUAAGCACCAUCAAUGGAGAAACCCUCCGCCUGUCUUGCACUGUCUCCCAAACCCAGGGUUCUCUGUCAUGGACUAUGCCCAGUGGCAAGGUGCUGUCCAGGGGUGAGAGUGGCGACUCGGGUCGCUAUGUAGUGCAUCAAGAUGGAACACUGAUAGUGGAACAGGCCUCUGUUUUUGACCGAGGGACUUACACCUGCAAAUCUUUUAGUAACGAUUCUUCCUCAGUAUUGGUCGUCACAGUUCCUGUCAUUGUCAUUGCCUACCCUCCACGUAUCACAAAAGGCCCCUCUCCAGCGACUUAUACUCACAGUGGGGUUGCUGUGGAGCUGCCUUGCCUGACCAUAGCAACACCUCGGGCUACAGUUACAUGGGAAUCCCCAGACCGGACACAACUGACGGUGAUGAACCAGGCUCGUAUCUAUGGAAACCGCUACCUUAGUCCCCAUGGUUCUUUGGUGAUACAGAACCCGACACAUAGGGAUACAGGGUUUUACAGAUGCACUGCCAAAAAUGUAAUUGGAGUGGACAGUAAGGAGACCUACCUGCAUGUUAUAUAACAGGAUGAAGAAAAUACACAUUCACUAACCUACACAAACAUGCAACAAAGACACAUAGACCAGUCUUUUCUGUUGAAUGAACCCGUUCUCUGUUGUCCCUAUGUCACCCUUAUGCCCAAUAAAACUGCAAAGCUCUGUUCCUGAGAUACUGCUAAAUAAAGGAAUAGACGCUGUAAUAGCAAAUAUUCAAUAAUUGUAUUUUUUAUAAUAUUCUUUUUAAUACUAUAUCUCUUAAACCAGAAGCUGAGUAACUCCCUGCAAAUACAGUAAUGUGCAGUUUUAACUGCUUAAAGAAAUGAUUUGUGUUUAAAGGGAAAUUGCUUGUUCCAGGUCUCUCCUUUUGUCCCCUUCUGUCUCAUUGACCUCAAACUCACUUUAAACUGGUCUCCUUGACUGCAUCAAAAACCCCCUCAAAUGUUUAAAAUUGAUAAGCUAACUAAAGAUACGUUCUUUUUUAAUUUUUUUUUUUUUUUUACUGUACUAUCUUAACACUCCAAAAACUAUGCCUCCUUGUGGGCAUUUAUGCAUAAAAUGCUGAAGAUUUUAACCCUCAUGUGGAGGAUUUAAUGAUUGUUAUUUUUUAUACACCAACUCAGCAAAGGCUAUACCAAGUAAUACUAAACCAAAGCAAAAAGUUCACAAUAUGCUAUAUUGUUUUCACGAGACGGUUGUACACUAACACUAAACUUUAGCGUGAUACAAAAUACUUUAUGUCAGUGAGUCACUAGACAAUAAAGACAUGGUGCUUCAAACAUCAAGCCUGUGUUUCUUUCACAGCUCUGUGCACUCAGUAUGAUGUCAAAUCAUAUACAUGUAGCUCUGUUUAAUCUGAUAUGAAUAGUAAUAUUUGUUUUUUUUUAAACUCUGCUGACAAUCACUCUUGGAUUUUAGAUGCAAUCUUGACAUUUAAAGCAGUUAAAGUUGCAUUUGUACUCACUGACUACAUGUUAUUGGAUUUUUGAUUAACUCUUGCAGUGCAGAUGCAGCAAACAGGAGCUUAAACUGGCAGCCUUAUUUACACUGUGCUUCCUAUGUGUUAGCACAUUAACCCUUCAUAGGGCAGUCAAUAAAAGUGGCAAUUUCAAAAUGUUAACUUCAUUGGGUUAUGAGGGAAUAUCGAAAGGACCUUUUGUACGUUGUUACUUUUUAUUUUUUUUAUCUUCAUAGUAUGUAUGUCUUCUGAAGUCACCAAAUAUGUUUAUUUGCCCAGUAAAGGGUUAAAUCCUCAACGGAUUCAAUGAUGGAGAGGUUCAGUGUUAGGAUUUAUACUGUAACUUCAACAUUUAGGACAAUUUUCUUCCUCUUGUAACUUAUCUUCAGAAAUAUUACAUUAGUGACUGUGUCUUACGUUCUCACAGCAUCAAUGGCACAGAAAGCGAUUUGGUAAAAAAGCAUUACUGUUAACGCAAUGGAGACCAAAUAUUUGAAGAGUUAUCUUCAUGAUUAUUAUGAUUUUAAAGAUUGUUUAAAUGUUGUGUCCUUCAAGAGGUUGUCCUAAGUACAAAAUCAGUGGCUUCUCUGAUCUGUUUUUUUCAAUGUUUUUAUUGUCCAGUUAAAUUAUUUGUCUUGUAAAGACUCCAGUACACCAAUAUUUUUCCUAAAGGGUGAAAUUAUUUGUUGUUUUUAUGUAUGUUUGCCAUCUCACUAGUCAGUUUUGAAUGCUGUUGUUUUGCUUUUUAGCAGAUUCAUUCUAUGAAUAAAAAUGAAAGACAACAGAAAGUGUCAGUUUUAAUCGGUUAUAUGGUGCAAAUAGGAAAGUUGGACUUGUAUAACUGAGUGGGAUAGAAAGGACCUUGUGGGAGUGUCAAAGUGAGGAAACAAAGUUUUUCUUGAUUGUUUUAAGAAACCCUCAGCUCAGCUGCCAAACCAGACAAAUGUUGAUGACAUCAUAUUCCUCUCUCUGGGAAAUGCAAAAAGAGACAAAGCAUGCCACAGAGCAACUCCCCACAA